UACCCUGAUUUUUGUAGAACUGAUUCUUAGCUGUUCGCUAUAACUAAUAUAAGUAUCACGUGGUGAAAAUCCAUUUUUCGGUUUGCGUGCCUUUAAUCCGCCUCGACGGUUGAUGAGAAGCCAAGAUGUCGUCGGUCAACAGUGAAAUAAAAGCGGAAUCUACCCUAAAGUGAUACACCUAAAUACCAGAUUGAGUGAGUCACGACGGAAAUCACAAUGUGUUCUAUACCGGGGCUCCCAUCAACAGGUUCAAAUGUACCUGUACUUAUUACCAGAGUUAAUCUGAAUCCAUCAUGUGUUCUUGUAGAGUUUUGGGGAAAUUUUGACCAAGACCGGAAAUUUGCCUAUCAGCAGCUGAAAAAGGAGAUACAAUACCCCAGAGAGAGUUUCUGUGAAUCAGAUGGAAACCCUGGUGACUUGUGCCUUGUACAAGUGUAUGAAACAUGGUAUAGAGCCCGUAUAGUUUCCAGAGACACUGAAGAGUACAGCGUGUUUUUAAUUGAUGAAGGCCGAACACUGUGUGCUACUGUUAACACUCUAGCCUGGGGAAAAAGUGACUUUUUCUAUCUUCCCCCUGAAGUUGAAUUCUGUGUUCUUGGCAAUGUGUUACCACUGUCUCCUGAAAAUAAAUGGUCAGCAAUGGCCUUCGAGUUCAUGAAGACCUUCUGUGGUCGAAGAGUCAAUGCUUCGGUUCAAGAUGUUCUUGUGCCUCAUCGAACAUUCCUUCUUGACAUUCCUUGUCUGUCCAGACAGAUGUUUGAAAUGGGCUUUGCAAAGAAAUUGUACAGUGAUCAGUUCAAGGAGUUUGUUGCAAGAUCUUUACAGACCAACAAUGGAACUGGAGAACCUCAGAGAAUUUCUUCCAUUAGGCCAAAACCAGUUGAGAGUAUUGAGCAAAUGGAGAAGCAGCAGGCCUACAUGUACCCAGAGCUGCAAACUGAUACUGUUGAGACUGUCAUGGUCACAGAAGUAACAAGUCCAUUUCGAAUAUUCUGUCAACUUAAGGUUUUCUCUCAGGAGCUGAAAAAGUUAACCGAACAGAUAACUCAGCAUUAUGAGGGAAGAGUUGGCAGAAAUUUUGCAAGACCUGAGAAUUUGGGCAGACCGUGUGCAUCAAGAGGAAGUGACGGCAAGUGGUAUCGUUCAGUUCUGCAGCAGGUCAUGUCUGCAAACAAUGUGGUUGAGGUUUUGCAGGUGGAUUAUGGGAAGAAACAAUUUGUACAAGUUGAGAAUGUCAGGCAUCUUCCCUCUGAAUUCUUCAGGAUGCCUGUCGUUACGUACGUGUGCUCCCUUCAUGGAAUAGUCGACAGAGGUGUUGGUUGGACAGCUUCACAGAUUGAUUAUCUGAAAUCACUCCUGCUCAACCGCACAGUGAUUGCCAAGUUUCAGUAUCAAAGCCUUUCUGAAGGUGUUCACUAUGUCAUGCUUUAUGGAGAGGAGAACACAAACAUCAACAAAUUGUUUGAACUGAAACAGAAAUGUUCACUGGACUCUGAAAUGACUCUUGCAGAUUUCGCUGUUCAGAAGAGCCCAUCAUCUCAAAACAGCAAGAUUUUGGAGACAACAGAGAUCUCACACAUUGGUGAAACCUACUCUGACCUUAAAGGGAACAAACCAGUCUUUUUCACAGAAAGUCUCACACCUAACACUUCACAUCUGGCUGUUGUGCAGCACGUUGACAGCCCUGGAAAGUUUUGGGUUCAAACUCAGAAUUACGCUGAUGAAUUCGACCAGCUAAUGAAUGACCUUGGAAAUCUGUACAUUAAUCCAACAAGCGAUGAAGGAUUGAUAAGAAAGCCUGUUGUUGGUCUCCUCUGUGCAGCUAAAGCCCAAGAUGGUGUGUUCUACAGAGCAGCUGUCUAUAAGGUAAUUGACAAGAAAGCAGAAGUUUACUUCCUCGACUACGGCAACACAGAACUUGUUGAUUGUUUCAACCUUCGACAGUUGCCUCUGAGAUUCCAGCAGCUGCCAGCUGUGGCGUUAAAGUGCUCCCUCCAUGGCAUUAAAUCCAGACUGAAACACUGGGACGAGAGGGCUACGUUGUUCUUUUCAAAACUUGUCGAAGACAAAAAACUUGAAUUGCACGUACAAGACAAGCAUCAAGACACUCACAUGGUUCAAUUAGUGGACCCGAGUUUAGAUGGAGAAAAUGAUGUAAAUAAGUUGUUGUGCAAUGCGAAUUUUGCAGAUAGUGAAAAGAGCAUUGUGGAUAAUUCUGUUGUAAGAUCUUGUGGUUUAAAAACCACACACACCUCUGGCAUAUUCCUGACAGACACUCGACCUCAGACGCCUUCCAGUUCUUCUGCUGUGGCGGAAAGUGCAUCGGUUUUCAAGGAAUACUUGUUUCCAAUUGGAAGUUCACUAGAGGUAACCGUAUCCUACAUUGAGAGUCCAAAUGACUUCUGGUGUCAAAAAGCACGAAAUGCUGCAUGCUUAGAAGUGCUAAUGCAAGAUAUUCAGCGUUUCUAUGCUCACAGUGAAUUUCAGCCACCUUUGGAAGCAGCUUGUGUUGCUUGUCAUCCUGAAACUGGGAUAUGGUACAGAGCCUUGGUCAUUCAAAAGCACCAAACGCCUCAUGUUGAGGUCUUGUUCGUUGACUAUGGGCAGACAAAGAAAGUUGCCAUUGAAGAUCUUCGAAAGAUCAGUCCAGCAUUUUUGAAGAUGAAAGGACAAGCCUUUCGAUGUAGUUUAUAUAAUCUGAUCCACCCGGUUUCCCACUCAGCUUUAGACUGGAGCCCUGAAGCCACAUUACAGUUUCAAGAGUUUGUUGACACUGCAGCAUCCAUGAACGUGCCUUUGAAAUGCACCAUUUUUGCUGUAAUGUAUGAUUCCCAGAAAGUUGUGUUCAAUGUGGUGGACUUGGAGACCCCAUUCCAAAGUAUUUGCAAUCUCCUUGUCCAGAGGCGUCUAGCUGAUCGUGCACCCUCUAAGAGAGCGCCUCUCCCACCCUUUCGCCUGGACACCUACUAUUAUUCAACACACGGAGUCAAGACUGGAUGUGAAGAAGAAGUGAGUGUCACCUGUGUGAAAAGUGUCACUCAGUUCUUUUGCCAUCUCGCCAGGAAUUCAGAUGAGAUUGAGAAACUGGCAGGCAAGGUCAAUUCCCUAUGCCGUCAACUAGAGGUAACCAAGUGUCCUCAGACUUUUGGAACGGUUUGCUUUGCAAAAUACACAGAUGGACUUUGGUAUAGAGGCCAGAUAAAGUCUUCAAAACCGUCAGUGGUGAUCAAUUUUGUGGAUUAUGGCGACACAUUGGAAGUUGAAAAAUCAGACUUGCUGCCAGUUCCAAUUGAAGCAGGAGAGAUUAUGUCCGUCCCAGUGCAGGCAAUUGAAUGUGGGCUGUCGGAUAUGCCAGAAAAUGUGCCAUGUGCAGUGGAAAAUUGGUUUCAGAAUUUUGCGGACAGCCAUUGUUUCACUGCUUUGAUUGUGGCAAAAGAACCUGCAGGAAAGCUUAUGGUGGAACUUUAUGAGGGAAAAACUAAAGUGAAUGCACUGAUCAGACAGAAGUUUCACAAUGAAAUCCAUAGAAUUGAACCAAGCUCACUCAAAGGAUAUAGUUCAAAGAACCGAAGUGCACAAGUUCAGGCAGAGAGCCUUAGAAAGGAAAGUUCCAGUGGUUUUAAUAGAGAUCGCACAGACCAAGUUCAACAAUCCCGGGAAAGUCAUGCAGCGCAACGAGGAAACGUUGAAUCAAAACAGCCACGAAGCAAGUGGGGAUUCCAUACAGAUGAUAGACCAGAACCAACAAGAGAUUUUGGGACAAUCCAUAAUUCUCAGAAGCAAAAUGAACCACAAAGAAAGUCCAAUGAUAGAGCUGAUGUACCAUGUGCAUCUGACAAAACUGAUGGUGUUAAACCAAAGUACCAGGCUCUUCUCAGAGAAUCGUCGCUCCCAGUGAAAUUAAUAAAACCUGGUCUAGAAGCUGAGGUAUUCAUCUCUCAUUGCAAUAGCCCUUGUAGCUUCUUUGUUCAGUUUGCAUCAGAUGAGGAUGACAUUUACUCACUUGUAGAGAAGUUGAAUGCUGACCAGUCAAGGUGCGCAAACAUUGAUUCUAGUCAGAUUCGUGAGGGAAACAUGGUCUGUGCAAUGUUUCCUGAUGAUAACUCUUGGUACCGUGCAGCAGUACGAAAAAACACUGACAAAAUUGACGUUGAAUUUGUUGACUUUGGAAACACGGCUGUGAUUUCUGCCUCAAAAAUAUGUCGUCUUGAUCAAUCAUUUGCUUCGUUUCCUAGGUACAGCAUCCACUGCUCUGUACAUAAACUAAAUGUUGACAGCGUAGACCAAGAAAUUGCACCCAACUUCAAACAAGUAAUUGAUCAAAACAUUGAAAAGGUCAUGUGCACGUUCGUUAAAAUGUCAGGGACCGUGUGGGAAGUGAAACUCAAUGUUAAUGGUGUAGUGCUGGGAUCCACCUGCAGGCAUGAAGUUGCACCAGCAGCUGAGCUUUUGACUACAGGUGUCAAGCAUCAGAUGUCUGAUACCAAGGUCUGUACCCGUUACAAGGACCCUGACAUAUCAGCUGGUCAAAUGAUCAAUGGAUACCCCUCAUUUAUCAAGGGUCCUCAGCUUUUCUGGUGCCAAUAUGCGGAAAUGGACAAACUUCAAGAGAUUUCAGAUGCUUUACAGAAUGCUGGUAAUGCAUCAGAUACAACUUUGAGUGAGGACUCUGUGCCAGCUGAAAGUGCUUGCAUUGCUCUCUUCAAUGAAGACAAUUUGUGGUAUCGAGCUAAAGUAACAUCUAGGGACCUUGACACACUCUCCGUUACCUUCGUAGACUAUGGAAAUGAAUCAAAAGUCAAUCUGGGUGACAUCAAAGCACUUCCACCCGAGCUAUCAGAUGUGCCCCCUCAGGCAUUUAACUGCCAGCUUGAAGGUUUUGAUCUUUCCGAGGGUUUCUGGGAUAAGAAGGCAGAAGAUGCUUUUUUUGAUCUAGUUAAUGACAAGCUUUUUAAUAUCACUGUUGAGAAAAUGGGGGACUCUGAAACACCACACUUCGUCAAGCUGGAUUGUAAUGGUGUUUUCAUCAAUGAUGCCAUGAGAAGCUAUUGGAAAAGUCAAAGUCCUGAAACUCCAUCAGAUGAACUCUUAAGUGAAGCAGAACUGGUGUCUGCCAAUGACUUUGUGGCUGCUGAAGUUAAUAUUGACUCUGAAGUUACCCUUGAUGCAGACACUGAGCUUGUUGACGAAAAAACGUGCACCUCAGUCCUUGAAAUGCAACUUUCUGAACAAGAGGAGCUUGAUUUGCUGAGAAAUACAGAAGCUGGAAAUGAAGCUCGAGAUGGCCCACUUGAGAUGACUACUGAAAAUGUUGCCUCAUCUGAUACUUGGGGUAUAGUGCCCUCUGAAACACAAAGCAACCUGGAUAUCACAUGCAUCACAGAAGAUGAACCAGUUUCAGGUUCCACAAGUCCAUCUGACACAACAAACCAGCAUACCUUUGCUAAAGAGACAGAUGUUGACCCGAAUACCACAUGCAUCACAGAAGAUGAACCAGUUUCAGGUUCCACAAGACCAUCUGACACAACAAACCAGCAUACCUUUGCUAAAGAGACAGAUGUUGACCCGAAUACCACAUGCAUCACAGAAGGUGAACCAGUUUCAGGUUCCACAAGUCCAUCUGACACAACAAACCAGCAUGCCUUUGCUAAAGAGACAGAUGUUGACCUGGAUACCACAUGCAUCACAGAAGAUGAACCAGUUUCAGGUUCCACAAGUCCAUCUGACACAACAAACCAGCAUACCUUUGCUAAAGAGACAGAUGUUGACCCAACACCUUUUCCUGUAGUUUUGCCACAGCAAUCUGAGGGAGCAACAUCUAGUAUUUCCUCAGAGAAUAUAGAAAGCUUCUUGAUGAAUAACACUGAUUCUCAAUUAUGCAUUGUUGAGGAACCAGAUUCACCAUCAUAUGAGAUCAUUCAGUCAGACUUGGGCUAUUUGAGGCGAUCGACAGAGAAGAAGCCUGUUGGGUCAGAUUGUGUGAUCUGGUCUCAUGUAAGGAGGAAUUGGUGCACAGCACGAAUUUUAAAAGUUUCUGAAGAUGCUGCAUUGGUUUUGCUUGUGGAGCAUGAUUCUGAGGUGGUGGUAGAUCCACUCAACAUCUUUGAAAUUCUGCCAGAGAAGCCAUUGCAGACUUCAAGCAUUGAAGCUGCAGUUCCAAGUGAUCUAACCAAGGGAACAUGUACCUCAUUGAAGAACCGUGCUUCAAAGGACGAAGAUGCAGAAUAUGGAACUACAGUCGCUUUGGAGUCUGAAAAACCAAAUGAUGAAGAGGAAACGCUCAUUGACCAAAUGGAUCCAGGUGAUGAACUUGCAGACCAGCCUCAAGACAAGGGGUCUGUGUCCUGCUCCAUUGUUUUGGUUGAAGAUUCUGAGGUUGAAGAUGCAUUGGGGGAAGGUGCACUUGUUCAAGUUCUGAGUCCUGAACCGGAUAACUCCCAAGAUGACUUGAAUACUUCAGCUGGAGAGCAAAGAGAAGACUGUGCCAAGAUGAUUACCGGAGUGGAUUUACUGAUGGAUUUCCUUGAUGUUGCUCCCCAUGAUAAGGUACAGGAUGCAUGUGAGACUGAGCAUGAAACGAAUACCUUACCGGAGGCGUUUAAUAUAGAUGUUACUGAAGAUCUUAUUGUUCUGACCAGUGAUGAUGGAGCAGAGUCUGACACAGCAUCUGAUGGCACGCUUCAGGGAGAUGUGAUGGUCACGGAAAUCCAUCCUGAUGCUGAAGAAUCUUCAUGCUUACAAGAUAAGUCAAAUGCAUCUGAUUGCACCAACUCAGAGGAUCCACAAGUCACUCAUCUGACCCUGAGAGUUGAGGACGCAUCUGACGAUGAUGUCAUUUUUGUUGGUGUUUUGCAAGAAUCCCAGGCAGAAGUAUGUGAGCCGGAGAGUGAAAAAGAAAAACAGAAACGUGACUAAUGUAAACUUUGAUGUCCCUUAAAUAGUUGAUUUUGUAUGUGCAUUUUUUUUUGUUAAUCACAUUUAAAUUUGUAUUAAGUGGUGUUGUCUACUUGUUACCUUAAACCGUAUAGUAGCAACAGUAAGCACUGCUGCUUGUUCAGAGUUGAUCUGUUGUUUUCACCUUCUAUUACUGCUCACCGAUUUCACUUUGCAGAUAUGAAGGCUGUUUUGUUUUUCCGUUUAUUACACAGCCUUUCAUUGUGUUCCUUAUUGGAUUCCUAAAACGAUUUCUAAAUUAUACUUUGUACAAGGAUUUUGUUAUUUGUUCAGAUGCUCUUAAAAGUUUACACUUGUGGUGAAAAAGCAA